AUGAAGUUCGAAACUUCGAGGCUCUUUGCCUCGGCAUCUUUCGUCGCUCUUGCGACAAGUAUUAAUGUCAUUCCCUCUCAACCUGACUCUGCACUGGCAGCAGCAGCAGUAAAAGACCCAAUCAUUCUGGCAGCCACUAGUCCUCACUCCUUCCCCCCAGACUUACAAUGUCUGGGAACAUUUACAAACGGCCCUGGAGGCCUCGACUCAGGAGUUAUUAUGAGCACUGGUAGAGUGGCAGAUGCACCGACCGGAUUCACUCCAAAUACAAAUUUUGGCUUCGCGCAGGGGUCACCUUUAAAAGAGUGUGCUUACGGCAUAUACAGCGAGGAGCACAACUACUUUGGAAUGUUCAUCACCAUUCCACCCACCAUUAAAGGCCUCAGAAUCAGGUACUUGUUCGCAACCCAGGAACCUCACGUCGACAUCUACUACAUCGUCAACUCAAACGUCAUCGUCUGCAAGCAGUUCAAGUUCCGUUACUACAACCAGUUCAAGUUCCGUUGCGACAACUUCAAGUUCCAGCACCUUGACAAUGAAGUCGGGAGAGAUGCAGCAAUGACCCAGCAGAGGUGCAUCGCCCUCGCCCAGGGUCGGAGAUAUGCGGGAGUGGUCUUUGAUACUUGUUACGGUUCUGAGAACCUUGACGAGACGGUCUUUGUGCCCGGAAACUCUUGCAAUGUCCCUUGCCCAGGCGACAACACGCAAGUUUGCGGUGGCAAUGCAGCCGCGACGAACUCCACGAGACUCCGAGCACGAAGGCAGCCCAAGCAGCAACUAUCUAAGCGCGCUGCUCCGCCAAACGUUCUCCUUACAAUCUUUGAACUUGGAAACCGCCAGCCUGGUUCUUCUGCUGUUGCUGGACCCGGUCCUGCUGGGCCUGGUGUGCCUGUUCCGGGAUCACCUACUGACAUCGCCAAUCCCAAUAUUCUGAACCCUGUCCCCGGCAAUCCUGGUGCCCCUGGUGUCCCCGGUGCACCCGUCGCUCCUGUUCCUCCCGGCGCUGCAUCGAAUGACAUUGUUCUACCCAACGUUAUUGCUCCUACUGGUCCACGCGCUGGUACUACCAAUGCUGCUUCGCCUGCAGAAACCGGCGGCAUAGCGCAAGCGCAAAGCUUCCUAGGACGACCAUCUUCCACAGGGCAACAGAACCCCGCCCUCAGAUCCUUGGUUACCACCAUACCGUACGCGACUAUCGAUUCUGCGAGGCCAAACAUGCUAGUGUCCGCCGAGCUUUGCACCACACUAUACUACGAGGACUGCGGCUGCCCGAACCAAAUCCUUCCCACAGUUCCCAUGGCCACCAUCAGGAUGGACUGCAACAGAUGUGGCGAACACGGAGAGAGUAUCGUCACGCUCACCGUUCCAGCGGGUGUCAACCCGCACAAUUCGUUGGGCGGUACCAGGCAAGCUACCGGAGCCCCUGGCGCCAACAGCAUUCCACAGGCCCAACCUAACAAUGCUGCGAACCCUACCAUUGUCCCGACCAACAAUGCCGUUCCGGCUGCGGUCCCUACGCAGACUCUUGUGGGAGUGCCUAACAGCCAAUCAACGUCUUCCAGGCCGAAUGUUGUCUCCGUAGCGGGUGCGCAGCGGUCUCGGCAACAAAGUGGAAUGGCGUAUCUCGCCUCCAUCUUUGCCUUUUCUUUCGUUGUAUUAUAUAUUCUUUGA